AUGACCCCUUUACCUUUACCUCUCCCUUUCCCCCAAAGACACGCCCAAGCUUCACACCUCUCUUCCGCAUCUCCACUGCGUCAUUUCAGCCUCAAUCUGGUCUUAGCAAAAGAUUCCAUCCUGAUCAAUAGUUAUCAACCACCAUCACGUAAAUCAAGACUAAGACGACUACCGUUGAAUUUAGUGCGUCUACCUAUUUUAGAGGAAUUGGAUGGGAUGAGUACACUUUGGCCAAAAUUUGAUUUUGUCCUCAGAUUAAUAGAUCUCAACAACGUCCCUCUAACCAGUGGAACCGCAUACAUAAAAUGGCACAUCUCUUCCUCUGUUGCUUCCGAGCAUUCAGGACAAACCCCUCGCUCCCCCAUCAAAGAACAUAAAGUCCAUUGGGAUUACACUCGAUCCAUCCCCGUCCGUCUCACAAUCGAUAAAUCAAACCAUCUCUCCGAAUGUCUUAUCCAUUUCGAAGUCAUCCAAGAUUAUAAUUCUGGGGCUACCUCGAAAGGAGAACGAGUCACUCUAGGACACAUUACGUUGAAUUUGGCGGAAUAUGUGGAAGAGAGUGAAGUUGAGGGCGAGGAGGGAGUGGUGAGGAGAUAUCUAAUGCAGGAUAGUAAAAUCAAUAGUACGGCCAAGAUUGGGAUUAGUAUGCGACAGGUCGAAGGGGAGAGAAAUUUCGUCGCGCCAAUAUUGAAGAGUGCGCCUGUUUUCGGAGGGAUCGCGGGAAUUAUGAAGGGCGAGACGGGGGAUAAUGGUGAUGAUGUUUGUAAUAUGCCACAACUUCAAAAAUCCUCUGAUAAAUCCGAUCUUCACGAUAUGUAUCGACGCGCCCUCGCUGCCUCUUGGACUUGUUCUCCUGCCGAAAUGCCCGCAGAUGAAUGUGUCGAAGAUAUAUUCGCCGGCGGAGAUGGCUGGAAACGCGAUCCGGAUUCUUCCAAUUUCGAUCACAAUGAGUACAGUCGAGACAUGCCUCGCAUAGUACAAGAUGAUAGAGAGUUAAGCGCGAGUGGGGGAAGCGGAGAGGACUUGAGAAGACAUAGGAGAAGUCAUAGUGAUGCGAGUCAAAAGAGUAAUCUAACCACAUCAUCUUCUGUUCCUGGAGGUGGGAAAGUGAGAAGAGCAGAUGGGAGAGGUCAUCGAUAUAAAAGAAGUACCGAUACAACACGCAGUGGGGUUUCAUCAAGUGGAGGCAGGAGCGUGAGUGCACAGUCUGGACUCUCGAGCAUGGGGGAUAGAGAUGAUGAGAUUUCGAUUAUGGGGAGUGGAGAGAGGGGAAGACAGGGCAGAGGUCUGGGCCAUAUUCCGGGGAAUCAUCAUGGGUAUGUGAGGCCGAGGGAAGUGGAUGAGUUUGAUAUGAGAGAGGAUUUGGUGGCAUGGAAAUUACCCGGGGAGGUUUCUUAG